AUGAAUACUAAACAGCAAACGGAUCAACGUCUUACACAAGUAUUGCGUUCAGUAUGUUCACAAGUAAAGAAAAAUAUUACAACCAUCUGUGAUUCAGAUAACACGACGGCGAUCCCUGUGUUAUUUUCACAAUGGUGUAAAAACCAGGUGAAUUUCUGCUCGUCGUCAGUAAUUGUUUAUGAUCAGUUAUUUGCAUUAACACGAUCGGUUAUACUAAACUCAAAAUUGGUUAUCGGAAGUCAAGGUGGUGAAGAUAUUCAAGAUGUUUUAAAUCAAUCAGAAGAUGUUGAAUUUUAUCAAUUUAAACAGGGAUUUAUCCAGAUUCCUUGUUCAAACGAUAGUUUAUUGAGACAAUUGCCUGUAUUUGGUCCUCGUAAUGAUUUUACCGAAUGGGCAUUGUCCAUUGAUACCUACAAUUCACAGCAGACAGCUGAUAAGUGUAACACGACUCAGGUGUUAGGUCAUGUGAUCGAUGACUUCACCAUAGCUGUAAGACGUCGUGAUUACGCUAACUGGUACCAUACUAUUACCGAUUUGUACACUGUCUAUAUUCUUUGUCGAUUUUUCAAUCGUGAUCCGAAGACGGCGCAUAUUCUUUUCGUUGAUGGUCAUCCAAAAGGCAAUCUAGAUAGUCUAUGGUCAACAUUGUUUCAUUCGUACCAACGUGCCGGUCAAUAUCGAGCAUCAAAUCGAUCAAUGAUAUUCUACCAAGAACUGUUAUGGUCCUAUCAACAAGAACUGUCACAUUUGGAUAUAUCACGCGCUCCAUAUAAAGAUGAGGUUAUCUAUUUAGACGAUUUUCGCCAGCAUGUAUUUACCAGUUUUAAUAUUAAGUUAACGAACGAUUCGGCAGCAGUCAACUGUGAUUUGAUUAAUAUUUUUUUUCUGUUAAGAAAAAACUAUGUAGCACAUCCAAGAAAUCCAACUGGAAAGGUCGAACGACAAAUUAAUAACGAAAUGCAGGUGUUGCAAGAAUUACAAGCAAAAUUAAAUGAAAGCAAGUUAUUUUCUAAAAAUACCAGAUUUAAAUCCAACUAUUUUGAGACAUUAUCGAUGUAUGAACAACUCAGUAUUAUAUUGAAUACUGAUAUACUAUUGGGUGUGCAUGGUGCCGGUCUCACUCAUGUUUUGUUUAUGAAAAAGAACCGAGGGAUAAUCGAAUUAUCGUUGAAUACAGGUUUGCAUUUUUUUUUCUUGGCACAAGCUCGAAAUGUUAAUCAUUUAUAUUGUCCUGUACAACAAGACAAAGUGUCAGCAACAGACAUCGUGGAAUGCAUAACGAACAUGCUCAGUUUAAUUUGUCCAUCAAAUAAAAUUUCUUCUAAUACAAUAGCGAUAACUUCGGUCAUUACAACAAUAAGUACAACACUGAUAACAUCUACAACGGUUCUCUCAACAUCCAACUCAAAAUAUUCUAACUCAACGAUAAAUCAAACUCGACAGAUGACCGUCAAUGUAACAGCAACAACAACAUCUGCCAGUUUAAUACUUUAA